AUGAAUGAACACUCUAAAAAGCGGAUCGCUUUACAACCGUUCUCAGAGCGCCUCUGCGCAUGGCCGGAUGAGGACUGGUCGGGUAUAACUGACCCAAAAACACGCCGAAGGUUGCAAAAUCGCCUGAAUCAAAGAGCUCGACGUCUACAGAACAAAGAACUAGCAAAGCCCUUGGAGGACAAAAAGGACCAACAUGACAUCAUCUCUCUCACUGCUAAAGAACAUGCUGUUACACGGCGGGCACGUGAACAUACAUCAGCAACAUAUGCCGCGAUUGACGUGAUCUCACACAUUCCCUUGGAAGAAAUUGAGGAUGUGCAUAUUCUCGACUCCCAUUCAAUAACUACAAAAAUCAAGAUGCAAUAUCUAGAGAUGACGGCACGCCAAUAUCACAUGAUGGGGUCUCCACGCACUGAUCUUCUACUUCACCUGAUUCAGUUCAAUUUCACCAGAGCACUCAUGGAAAACACCACGAUCUUGGGCCUCACAUCAGAACAGCUACACGACGAUGCCAUUUCACCAUUUAAUACCACUGGCCCAUGGCAAUAUGACUUUGAGAGUUGGCUUCCACCCAGUCUCCAGCCUACCAUUAUCCAGCGCUCUAUCCCACACCACCCCUGGUUAGACCUGCUUCCUGUUCCCCACAUGAGGGAUAAUUUGAUCCGAGCUGGAGACUUCGAGGAGGAAACCCAGCUCUGCCUUGAUAUGAAGGGAAGUGGAAAUGCAGGCUCGGAGAAAAAUGGUAUUAUUGUUUGGAGCGACCCUUGGGAUCCGGCGGGGUGGGAAGUUACGGAGUCUUUUGCUCGUUCUUGGGGCUGGGUUAUCAAGGACUGUUUUGACUUGGCCUAUUCCACAAACCGGUGGCGGGCAAUGCGGAAUGAAAGACCCCUGUUUCGUAUGAGUUGA